AUGCUUAAAAGCAAUAAUGUCCUAGAGCAAAAGGUUGGGAAGUUAGAUGAAGAUGACAACCAACAUGAUGUUAUUAUAAGUGGAACUCUAUGUAAACCAAGUAGAAAGGCUAUGGAAGUUUUGGAAUUAUCUCCAUAUAUGAAGAAGCACAUCUUGCCUUCAGUGGUCAUACCUUUUGAAUUGGAACUUAAGCAGUUGCCUGCUCACUUGCAGUAUGCUUACCUAGAGGGCAUGCAUAGAAUUCUAUUAGAGGAAAAUUCCAAGAAUAACAUUGAAAGUCAAAGAAGGUUGAAUCCAAUCACAAAAGAAGUGAAAGGUGGCAUGACAAUCAUAGCCAAUGAGAAAGAUGAGUUAAUUCCCACAAGAACUGUAAUUGGUUGGAGGAUUUACAUGGAUUACAGGAAGUUGAAUAAUGCCACAAGAAAAUAUCAUUUCCCCGUGCCUUUUAUUGACCAGAUGUUGGAUAGAUUGGAUGGUAAGGAAUUAUAUUGCUUCCUUGAAAUAUCUAUUGCGCCCGAAGAACAAGAAAAGACCAUAUUCAUAUGUCCUAAUGGUACUUUUGGUUUUAGAAGGAUGCCCUAUGGACUGUGCAAUGCUUCAGCCAGAUUUCAAUGUUACAUGAUGGACAUUUUUUUAGAUAUUAUUGAGAAUUCUAUGAAAGUUUUCAUGGAUGAUUUUUCUGUUUUUGGAGAAUCAUUUAAGAAAUGCCUUGGCAAUUUAGAUCUGGUGUUGACUAGAUGUGAAGAAAAUAAUCUUGUUAUGAAUUGGGAAAAGGGCCACUUUAUGGUCAAGGAAGGGAUUGUGCUAGGCUAUAAGAUUUCAAAGAAAGGGUUGGAAGUGGAUAAAGCCAAAGUGAAAAAAGCUUUAAUCUCUGCACCUAUAGUUAAGGCUCCUGACUGGACGAAACCCUUUGAACUGAUGUGUGAUGCCAGUGAUUUUUCGAUUGGAGUUGUGAUGGGUCAAAGGCAUAACAAAGUGUUCCACACCAUCUACUAUGCUAGUAGGACUUUGAUUGAAGCUGUUCAGGACACUUACCAAAAUCUGAUAGAAACUUCUGAUGAUCAAGAUUACAACGUUUACUUGGAAUCCAUGUGUAAUCCUGACACAAAAUGGAUUGAGGCUGGUGGUGAAAAGACAAGGAGAAGAAUGGAUUUGUGCCCUGAGUCCAAGGUUUGGUAUCAAUUUGUUAAGUACUCUCUACGCCCUACUGCAUACAAUGAAACUGUGAACAAAGCUAGGUUAGUGUUACUCCACUGCAUUACUUCAUUCAGUGAAAUAAAUAUAGCAAAGAUAAUUGUGUAG